UAUCAGGAACUAAGAAAACGGAGAUAAUAUUUUAUUGCAACUUAAUUAUGAUAUAGAGCAGGCAGGCGGCCGUUUGUUGGCCAAUUUCGUUGGCCAGAAGAUUAGUUGCGUUCGGUAUAGCGUGGUAGACGGUUCAGUUAACACUCUCAGCUGAGCACAACAAUCCCGUUUUACUAUGAUAAUAACCGCAAAGGUAGUCUCGAUUGGAUUGGGCUUAGCCCUCACAGCGUUCACUGUCUCCACCAUUGUUCUGGCAGUGCAAAAAACCAAUUUGCAAAAUGAAUUGAAUGAAACCAAGGAAAAAUUGGAUCUUCUGGAGGAGGCCUUGAAGACAACCACAACCACUACAACAUCAACAACAUCGACCACCACCACCACCACAACGACUCAGGCACCACCAUCAACGGAUCCUGAACCAACCACCCCUACAACUCCUGCUCCUUCUCCUCAACCGAUAAAUUAUCGCCUGCCCGGAAAUUUGUUGCCAAUCAAUUAUGAUUUGUAUUUGCAUCCUGAUGUUGGCACCGGCAACUUCUCCGGCCAGGUCAAUAUCCGCAUCAGUUGUGUCGAAACAACAAAUACCAUUAUCUUACACUCGCUGUACAUGACAAUCACCAAUGUCUAUGUGACGGGUGUGGGCAGCAGUACCAAUUAUGUCAAGAACUAUAGCUUGGAUAGUGUCCGUGAAUUCUUGAUUAUCGAAAUGGCGGAAGAGAUUGUGGCACCACGGAACUUUACUUUGGGUAUUCUUUUCGAAGGCAACAUGGAUGCCAAAAUUAUUGGUUUGUACUCAUCCUCCUAUACGAAGCCGGAUAAUACCAAAAAAUGGAUUGCCACAUCGAAAUUCGAACCCACCUAUGCCCGUCAAGCCUUCCCCUGUUUCGAUGAGCCCGCAAUGAAGGCCACCUAUGAAAUCACUUUGGUCUAUCCCAAUGAAGGUGGCUAUCAUGCCCUCUCGAACAUGGAUGUCAUGCAAGAAGUUAACCAAGGCACCCACACCGAAGUCUAUUUCACAAAGAGUGUACCGAUGAGCACCUAUUUGGCCUGUUUCAUCAUUUCGGAUUUCCAGAGCAAGGGUGUCACCAUCGACACCAAAGGCAUUGGCGAGGAGUUCCAAAUGCGUGUCUUUGCCACCCCUGAACAAUUGGACAAGGUUGACUUUGCCGUCGAGGUUGGCAAGGGCGUUAUUGAAUACUAUGUCCAGUACUUCCAAAUUCCCUAUCCAUUGCCAAAAUUGGACAUGGCUGCCAUACCUGAUUUCGUAUCUGGUGCUAUGGAACACUGGGGCUUGGUGACGUAUCGUGAAACAGCACUGCUCUACGAUGAAAAGGUCAGCUCCACAGCCAACAAGCAACGUGUUGCCAGUGUCAUUGCCCAUGAAUUCGCGCACAUGUGGUUCGGUAACCUGGUUACCAUGAUGUGGUGGAAUGAUUUGUGGCUAAACGAAGGUUUCGCCAGUUACAUUGAGAAUAAGGGUGUUGAGGCGGUGUUCCCCGAAUGGAAAAUGCGAGAUCAAUUCAUUACCGGUACCUUGCAUGGUGUUCUGUCGCUGGACGCCACCUUGGGUUCACAUCCCAUUGUACAAAAAGUGGAAAAUCCCGACCAAAUUACGGAAAUUUUCGAUACCAUCACCUAUUCGAAGGGAUCUUCGAUUAUUCGCAUGUUGGAGGACUUUUUGGGUUCGGAUAAUUUCGAGCAUGCGGUGACCAAUUAUUUGAAUGAAUUCAAAUACAAAAAUGCCGUUACCGAUGAUUUCUUGACGGAAAUUGACAAAUUGAAUUUGGGCUUUGAUGUCAAGGCGAUUAUGCGCACCUGGACCGAACAGAUGGGUCUGCCGGUUGUUGAGGUUGAACAGAUCUCGGCCACGCAAUACAAGUUGACCCAAAAGCGUUUCUUCUCCAAUCCCGAUGACUACAAUGGCGUUUAUGAUGAUUCACCCUUUGACUAUAAAUGGUCCAUACCAAUUACCUACAAGACCAGUGCCAGUUCGGACGUCCAACGUGUCUGGUUUUACUAUGACCAAAAUGCCGUCACAAUUAAUUUGCCCAGCGCCGUGGAAUGGAUUAAAUUUAACUUCGACCAAGUGGGUUAUUAUCGCGUUAAUUACCCCAUUAGUAUGUGGGAAAAUUUGGCCAACAAAUUGAUUGAGAAUCCAAAUGUCUUCUCGGUCGGCGAUCGUGCUUGUCUGUUGAACGAUGCCUUCUCCUUGGCUGAUUCCACCCAAUUGGCUUACGACAUGGCCUUGGAUAUGACCAAGUAUUUGGGCAAAGAAGAUCAAUAUGUACCCUGGAGUGUGGCUGCCUCCAAGUUGACAUCACUCAAACGCACUCUAAUGUACACCGAUGUCUUUGUGCACUAUAAUAGCUAUGCCCGUGAACUAAUUGAGCCCAUUUACCAAUCGGUUGGAUGGAAUGUUGGCGAGGAUCAUUUGCAAAAUCGCUUGCGUGUCACCAUAUUGGGUGCUGCCUGCUCCCUGGGUUUGCCCGCCUGCCUGAAUCAAGCUUCCGCCGAAUUCGACAAAUGGUUGGCCAAUCCCAGUACACGUCCCCACCCUGAUGUUCGUGAAACAGUCUACUACUAUGGCAUGUUGAAUUCCGGCAAUGAGGAAAACUGGAAUCAAAUGUGGAACCUCUUUGUCUCGGAGACCGAUGCCAGUGAGAAGAGCAAACUGAUGUACGGUCUUGCUGCUGUGCAAGAACCAUGGAUUUUGAGUCGCUACGUUCAACUGGCCUGGGAUGAUUCAUAUGUCCGCGGUCAGGACUACUUCACCUGUCUGCAAUAUAUUGCCGCCAAUCCCAUUGGUGAGCCCAUCGUUUGGGACUAUGUUCGCGAGAACUGGUUGAAUUUGGUCGAACGUUUCGGUUUGAACGAACGUUAUCUGGGCAGCAUGAUCCCCUCGAUUACCUCACGAUUCUCGACUCAAACUAAAUUGGAAGAAAUGCAAUACUUCUUUGCCAAAUAUCCCGAAGCUGGUGCCGGUACUGCGGCCCGUGUUCGUGCCUUGGAGACUGUCAAGAAUAAUAUCGCAUGGUUGGACAAUAAUUUGGACUUGGUUCGCCAAUGGUUACUGAAGCCAUGAAAUGUGGUUUUUUAAAUCGAAAUUAUUUAGUUGUAUUAAAUAUGAGAAGGUAAAGAUUUAAUCUGCAUUAAAAUCAGGUCAAUAAAAUU